AUGCUAUUUGUAAGUGUUUUGAAGGGUUCGGCUUAUAUUUGGAGAUUUAGGUUUAAAUAUGAAGUUUUAGGUUUCAAUUUGAAGGUUUAGGCUUACAUUUGAAGACUUAGGCUUAAAUGUAAAGUUGUAGGGUGAAAUUUGAACAUCUAGGCAUAAAUGUAAAACUUUAGUCUUAAAUUUAAACUUGUAGGCUUAUAUUUGAAGUUUCAGUUUUUAAUUCGAAGGUUUAGGCUUAAUUAUGAUGAAUAAGACUUAAAUUUUGGGUUUUAGGCUUAAAAUAAUGUCAAAUGUUAGUGGUUUUACAGCCGAUUUUCAACAUUUUCUUAUUUCAGGCAACAAUAGCCUGGCAAUACCCAUUAGUAUUUGUAUCAUACGAAGCUCUACAGUAUUUUCAAGAAACCAACACUCUAACUUAUAAUUGGCUUACUUUUAUUGCGUUAUUCUUUAAUAGUGUCGCAUUUUGUAUAUGUGUGACAACGGUAAUUAAUAUGGCAGUAGAACGAGUGGCAGCUUGCAUUUUUGUGAAGACUUACGAACAACAUACCUACUGUAUUGUGCCCAUAUUGCUGAUGGUUAAUAUAGGUAAGGUAGGGUAGGGUAGGGUAGGGUAGGGUAGGGUAGGGUAGGGUAGGGUAGGGUAGGGUAAGGUAGGGUAGGGUAGGGUAGUGUAGGGUAGGGUAGGGUAGGGUAGGGUAGGGUAGGGUAGGGUAUGGUAGGGUAGGGUAGGGUAGGGUACGGUUGGGUAGGGUAUCUAAUACGGAGUAGGGUUGUGUAGGGAAUUGUAAACACAUAUACAGUAAUAACCUAAACUUUCUUACAGUAGUAGCCCUGAUACUAAUAGCUGAAGUAUCUAAACCAGACCCAGAUGAUGUAUAUAGCGGUAGUGUGUACAAGAUACCGCAGUCUUUUAACGUAGACAUUUCUCUAAUAGCCAUGAUUGGAUGGAUCGUAGCUACUUUUCUGGGUGUUAUUGGAGGAACGGUAGGGCAUCUUUAAUUUUAUACUGUGUAUAUGCUGUAAUACUAUGUAGUACUUGAUAAUUUAUAGUAGGUGGUGCUAUUUUGUAUUUGCGACUCUUGUACUAUAAAGUAUUUGUUGUCAGUACUUUAUUGUACGUAGCAUUUUAUAGCCUGCUGUACUAAAUAGUACAUAUUAAUUGAUGCUAUGUAGCACGAUUUUGUUACGUAGUACCAAAUAGCAAAUAGUACUAGAUCCUAUAUAGCAAGUAAUACUCAAAAUUUUAGGUGAUAUACAUAAUUAGUGUCAAGAUAGACAUGUCACACAAAGACCGUAUCGGUUGCACGCUACAAGAACGUUAUCAGCUUGAAGCCAAUUACUUUUACACUUCAGUACUAUUAAAAACAGUCAAAGCGUAUGUUAUAGUAGCCAUAUUUGGUGGUUUAACAUCUAGUUUAAUCUUGUUCAACUACUAUCGUGACAAUGUCAAUUCCGAAGAACUUGUACUGCUUUGUGCUGUAGGUUUCAAAAAUGGCAAGAACUUUCUUUAGAAAGCAAAAAAUGGCAAGAACUUUCUUUACAAGGCGUAAAAUGGCAAGAAAUUUUUUUUACAAAACAAAAAUGGCAAGAACUUUCUUUACAAAACAAGAAAUGGCAAGAACUUUCUUUACAAAACAAAAAAAUGGCAAGAACUUUCUUUACAAAGCAAAAAAUAUAAAGAAGCUUCUUUACAAAACAAAAAAUAGCUAGAACUUUGUUUACAGUUGAAAAAAUGACAAAAACUUUAUUUACAAUACUAAAAAUGGCAAGGACUUUGUUUACAAAAGUUUUUUCUAAGUGUAUAUGACAAAUCGUUUUAAAAACAGUUGAUUUCAGAGUCAUUCAGUGUUUGCGGACGCGUACCUAUGUUACUUUUUGUCAUUCUUGUUGUUCAAAUACCGGCCCAUUCAACGGCGUGUGAAGAAAGACCUAAAAUCUUUGAGAAAACAUUUGGGAUACACUAAAAUAAGUGAUUCCAAGGGACGAGCAUCAGCGUUUGUACCCAAAAGUACCUUAGAAGAGACCAAAAUCCACUUUGAUCAGUUGAAAACUGCUUGGGGAUAA